CCAGAAAUGAAACCUGGGUUAGAAUGGUGCUGUGGAAGAAAAAUAACUCAUUCUCCCUUGAAAAAAGGGAAAAAAUCAUCAGGAAAUGACAUGAAUGGAGCAAAAGUUCCAACUUCUGAUAACCUUGCUAAAUUCCAACAAAAUCAUCAGAACUCUUUUACAACAUUUUUAUCAACUGCAGCAGAGACUAACAAUGGUUUGCAUUCUUCAAUGUCAACACAUGGUCCAUGUAAUAAUGAGGCAUAAUGUAUAAACAAAAUAGAAGUUGGAUGUAUGAUAAAGAUGCGAUAUUGUACGGAAUGCAAUCAAAUUUUCUCGAUGGAGUCGGGGAAUUUAUUGAAUUCGCACUUGAACAUCCAGCUUAUAUGAGUGGUGAUAAAAUAAUAUGUCCAUGUUCAAAGUGUAAAAAUCUCAAAUUUAAAGACCCACACGAAGUUGGGUAUGAUUUGUACGCGGUCGGUUUUGUUCCCAAUUAUUAUAAUUGGACUUCUCACAGUGAACCUUUGGAUCCAUCUGUUAUACCACAAACGGUAGGUUCGUCUCGUUACGUCCCUCCAGAGAUGAGUGGGUGGGGAGACCGUGCUGAAAUGAGGUGGGAACAAGCAAUGGUAUAUGACGCAUACGGUGUACCGAUGUCUCAGUUCAACCCCCACAACCAUCUAACGACCCCCCUGAAGCCUCGACCUCGUACCAAAUGCGGAUGAAAAUCCGUCAUUUUAUCAACCUUAUGUGGAUGAAGGUUUGGCUGAGAGAUUUCAGGAUGUUCUAAAAGCUGCCGACCAACCUCUGUAUGCUGAUUGUGAGGGAUACACUCAGCUAUCCGCCGUUACAGAGUUUAUGAACAUAAAAGCUGAAUACAGUCUCCCUGAAACUUGCAUGAAUAGAGUCUUGCAGUCAGUAGGAGGGAUGCUACCGCGUGAUCAUACC